GCCAGCGAAUUCAAACUUCCAAUCUUGUCCUUCUUCUCCCGUGACGAUGAGGCCUCGAAGAUCUAACUAGACUAGAAAAGGAAGAGAGAACAGAAAAGCUCUGCCAGACCGCCAAUUCCCGAUGGCGAUUCUUUAUGCUCUGGUGGCUAGAGGUACGGUGGUGCUGGCGGAGUUCAGCGCCGUCACUGGCAAUACGGGCGCCGUGGCUCGCCGGAUUCUGGAGAAGCUGCCGGCUGAAGCCGACUCCAGGCUCUGCUUCUCUCAGGAUCGUUAUAUCUUUCACAUACUGCGAUCCGAUGGCCUAACCUACCUCUGUAUGGCCAACGACACCUUUGGAAGGAGAAUUCCUUUUGCUUACUUGGAAGAUAUUCAAAUGAGGUUUAUGAAGAAUUACAGCCGAGUGGCCCUUUAUGCACCAGCUUAUGCAAUGAAUGAUGAGUUCUCAAGGGUUUUACAUCAGCAAAUGGAAUUUUUUUCUUGUAGUUCUAGUGCAGAUACUCUCAACCGCGUGAGGAGCGAAGUUGGUGAGAUUCGCACUAUCGUGGUGGAAAAUAUUGAGAAGAUAUUGGAGAGAGGUGACCGGAUUGAGCUUCUUGUGGAUAAGACAGCAACAAUGCAAGACAGUUCGUUUCACUUCAGGAAACAAUCCAAGCGCCUCCGAAGAGCUCUUUGGAUGAAAAAUGCCAAACUUUUGGCAUUGUUGACAUUCUUGAUUGUUCUAUUUCUUUACUUCAUAAUUGCUGCUUGUUGUGGAGGCAUCACUUUACCAUCCUGCAGAUCUUGAUUAGACACUUUUGCUGUUUAAUAUUUCGGAGGCUUGCAACUAUCAAGAUUAUUCAUGCCAAUAUAUAUCUGAGAAGAUUUAAGCUUAUCAGGUUCAGUCUUUGAGUUGAGCGAGUGGAAGUGACAUCCAUCUGCAAGGAUCCAGAAACAGUUAUAUAUAUAUAUUGCUCGUGUCUUUUUUGGUGCAGUAUCACAAGUGUAUGCUGAAGUCUGAUUAGUUACUAUUCUGUGAUUAAGAGGCGUCCCGCUGUAAAUGUCUGGAUUCUUACCAUUUUGCUUUAUUAUGUAGGUUAAAAUAAUUAUUCUUGGUUAAUUGCAUGGAGUGUGCUUGGAGACGCUAUGGCCAUAGCUAUUUGUUAAUUAGCUGGAUCGGAAUAUGAUGGCAGCAUAGGUCAGGGAGAAUUAUAAUCGUUCAAGUAUUUGUUUGGUGUUUGAUCCUCCGCUUUUUAAUACGAUACUGGUUUGAUGCCUUGUA